AUGGCCGCACGCAAAGCUUACAUCGUCGGUGUCGGCAUGACCGCCUUCACCAAGCCCGCCGACCGUGAUUACCCCGUGCUUGGUCUCGAAGGUGCCGUCAAGGCGCUCAUCGAUGCAGGUUUGACCUACGAUGCUGUCGAAUACGCCGCUGCUGGCUACGUUUAUGGUGACUCGACUUGCGGUCAGCGUGUUCUUUACCAGCUCGGUAUGACUGGCAUUCCGAUCGUCAAUGUCAACAACAACUGCUCCACCGGUUCUAGCGCCUUCAGCCUCGCUGCCAAUGCGGUUCUCGCCGGCCAGGCCGAGUGUGCGCUCGCCGUCGGUUUCGAAAAGAUGGCUCCCGGCUCGCUCAGCUCGGCUUUCACCGACCGUGCUGCUCCCAUGGAGGGCACCAUGUCGCAGCUCUUUGAGAUCGAAGGCGACAAGGAGUACGAGACCGAAGACUUUGGUCCGUUUGCUGCUCGUAUCUUUGGUGCAGCUGGUCUCGAGUACUGCGAAAAGUACGGUGCUACCUGGGACCACAUCGCCGAGAUCGCCGCCAAGAACCACCGUCAUUCGGCCAAGAACCCUUACGCACAGUUCCGCGCCACCCCAACCGCCGAACAGGUCAAGAACGCACGAAAGAUCACCCGUGAAGUGACGCUGCCCAUGUGCUCGCCCACCUCGGAUGGUGGUGCUGCUGCAGUGGUCGCAUCCGAAGCGUUUGUCAAGAAGCACGGUCUCGAGGACCGUGCCAUCGAGCUCGCCGGUUUGGGCGUCGCCACCGACUCGAUCCGUCUGUACGAGGACCGUUCGCGUAUCGAGCUUUCUGGUGCUGAUAUGUCGCGUCGUGCCGCAGCGAUCGCUUACAAACAGGCCGGCAUCGGUCCCAAAGAUAUCCAGGUUCUCGAGUUGCACGACUGUUUUGCUCCCAAUGAGCUUGUCACCUACCCUGCCCUCGGACUGUGCGCUGAAGGCGAUGCGCACAAGCUUGUCGAGCAGAAGCUCAACACGUACAACGACUCCGGAAAGGGUUGGGUCGUCAACCCCUCGGGUGGUCUCGAGUCCAAGGGUCACCCUCUCGGUGCUACCGGUCUCGGCAUGAUCAAGUACAUGGUCGACCAGCUCCGUGGCGACGCCGGUGCGCUCCAGGUCAAGAACGUCCAGCAUGCGCUCACGCACAACAUCGGCCUCGGCGGUAGCUGUGUUGUCACCAUCCUCCGUCGUCCAUCUUUCUACAAGGCGGGCGUCACCAACUCUGCCAAGCGCUUCGGCUACAAUGCUGGCGACCAGGUAAAGAGCAUCACCGAGGAAGAUUUGAACAAGGUCAAGAGCAAGCAGUUCUCCGAUUACCUACCCGCCGACCUUUGA